AUAUUAUACAUUGUUCUGUAAUUUCUGUGUAUUUUAAAUAUAAUUUAAUUCGAGAAUUGUUUUAUUUAUAUAAAACCAUGGCGGUUCAACCAAACCAACAAUUUCAGAUGGAUGCAUCUACUCAACAAAGCUUCGUUAGAUUUUUUAAAAAUUUACCUGAAAAACUGAAUACCACCAUACGGUUCUUUAAUAGAUCUGAUUAUUAUACAUUACAUGGUAGUGAUGCUCUCUUUGCUGCUCAAGAAGUUUUUAAGACUACAUCAGUUUGCAAAAUGAUAGGUUCAGAUCCAUAUAAAGUCGAGGGAGUUAUUCUAAAUAAAAACCACUUUGAGGCUUUUAUACGUGACUUAUUAUUAGUUAAGCAAUACAGAGUGGAAGUAUAUGUUAACCAAGGAUCAGUAAAAAAUCAAAACUGGACAUUAGAGUACAAAGGUUCUCCUGGAAAUUUAACUCAGUUCGAGGAUGUGCUAUUUGGCAAUAAUGAUGUGGCAGAAACAGUGCGUGUAAUAGCUGUUAAACUGGGAAUGGAUGGAAAGUCCAGAAUGGUUGGUUUAAGCUGUGUUGAUACUACUGCAACUUCAUUUUCUGUUUGCGAAUUUCAAGAUAAUGAAUCAUUUUCUGACCUGGAAUCCCUGGUUGUUACACUUGCUCCUAAAGAAUGCUUAUUAAUUCAAGGCGAAGGCAGCCACGAAUUUCAAACUCUAAAACAAGUAAUGGAACGAAAUAACACAAUGGUUACUUUAAGAAAAAAGAAUGAAUUUUCCAGUGAGUCAGUCGUACAAGAUUUAAAUACUUUAAUAAAGUUCAAGGAAGGCCAACAGCAAAAUGUACAGUCUUUGCCUGAAAUAAAUUUAAACCUUGCCAUGUCAGCUACAUCGGCUCUCAUUAAAUACCUGGAUUUAACAUCAGAUGAGGGGAACUUGAAUCAAUAUGCCAUAGACCAAAUAGAGCAUUUACGCUAUUUAAAAUUAGAUGCGGCUGCUGUAAAAGCACUUAACAUUGAAUCACGGAAUGACACUCUUUCUGCAUUGAAUGGAAAUGCUCCAUCAAGUAUUCUAACACUUUUGGAUAAAUGUAGAACACCACAAGGUCAUAGGCUUCUGGCACAGUGGGUUAGACAGCCCCUCAAAGAUUUAUCUCUCAUCAAAGAGAGACAUGACAUUGUAGAAGCAUUGGUAAAUGAUAAUGACUUGCGGUCUGCACUCAGUGAUGAUCAUUUAAGGCGUAUACCGGAUUUACAAAUACUUUCCAAGAAGUUAUCCAGGAAGAAAGCAAAUUUGCAAGAUUGUUAUAAAAUUUACAUGACUGUGUCACAACUACCAAGAUUAGUGGAACAAAUAUCUAGUGUAAAUCUACUAGCUUUAAAAGCAAUGUUCACUGAUCCACUGUCAGAACUUAUAAAUGAUAUGGAUAAGUAUCAACAGAUGAUUGAACAGACAAUAGAUUUGGAAACUGCUGAGAAAGGGGACUUCUUAGUGCGACCAGAAUUCGAUGAUGAAUUAAAAGAGUUGAAGACUACUAUGGAUGAAACAGAGGAGAAAAUUCAAGCACAAUUAGGCAAAGUUGCUGCAGAUCUUUCAAUUGAUGCUAGCAAAACGUUGAAACUAGAAUCCAAUCAACAAUUGGGCUAUUAUUUUCGUAUCACACUAAAGGAAGAAAAAGUAUUGAGGAACAAAAAGCAGUACACUAUUUUGGAUUCAAACAAGGGUGGAGUGCGAUUUCGAAGCAGUAAACUCAGUGAUUUAAACGAUGAUUAUAUUGCUUCUAGAGAUAAAUAUAUGGUAGAACAAAAAAAAGUCGUAGCAGAAAUAAUUGAGAUUGCAGCCGGAUAUAGUGGAUCUAUAAAAGCUAUUGGAGUUGUGCUGGCUUCCCUCGAUGUACUGACUGCUUUUGCUUCCACGGCUGUAAGUGCAAACAAACCUUAUGUUCGUCCUAACAUGCUACCUAGUACAACAGGUGAAUUGAGUCUUAUUCAAGUUCGACAUCCAUGUUUAGAAGUUCAGGAAGGAGUAGAUUAUAUAGCCAAUGAUGUCAAUUUUAAAAGAGAUGAAAGCCAUUUUUGUAUCAUAACGGGUCCAAAUAUGGGAGGUAAAAGCACAUACAUACGAUCUGUUGGUGUUGCUGCAUUAAUGGCUCAUAUUGGAAGUUUUGUUCCUUGUGAUGAAGCAAAGAUAUCUUUACUAGAUUGUAUAUUAGCUCGAGUAGGUGCUUAUGAUUCACAAUUAAAAGGACUUUCUACAUUCAUGAUGGAAAUGAUAGAAACUGCUGCCAUACUGAAGACAGCUACAAGUAACUCUCUUGUAUUGAUUGAUGAAUUAGGGAGAGGUACAUCGACUUAUGAAGGUUGUGGUAUAGCAUGGUCAAUUGCUGAGUAUUUGGCAAGGGACGUUAAAAGCUAUUGUCUUUUCGCAACACAUUUUCACGAAAUUACAAAAUUGGAAGAAGAAAUAUCCGCUGUUCAAAACCAGCAUGUUACAGCCCUUGUUAAUGACAAUAAAUUAACUCUAUUAUACAAAGUGAAACCAGGUGUUUGUGAUCAGAGUUUUGGUAUACAUGUUGCUAAAAUGGCAAAUUUCCCACAGGAUGUAAUAGAGUUCGCUAAACGUAAACAAGCAGAACUCGAAGAUCACAAAGAUACUGCUUUCGAAGUAUCUGUUAUUCCACAAAAGAAACAAAAACUUAUGAAGGAAGCUAAGGAGCUUAUAACGGAAUUUAUUAAUAAGUGCAAAAGAUUAGAUGAAUCUCAUUUAUCUGAUGAACAGAUGAAGAACAAAAUCUCAACAUACAAAGAUGAACUUCGAUCUCACAAGAAUCCUUAUCUAGUAGUUCAUUAAAUUUUUAUUUUUGCAUAAACAUGUAUCGUAUUUUUACAGAUCACAUUUUUCAAAUAAAAAUAAACAUACAAUCAUA